AUGCUUCCCAAAGUCACCAUCGAAUUCUGUGCCAAGUGCAAGUGGCACAAUCGGGCCGUGUGGUAUGCCCAAGAGAUUCUCCAGACAUUCAGCGACCCCGAGUCGAAUCUUGUGGCCGAAAUUGCGCUCUGUCCGUCGUACACGCAACCGGGCCUUUUCCAAGUGACCGUGGAAGAUGACAAGGGCAAAAGACCCAUCUACCGGCGGAGAAUGAAGAAGAGCGACGGCCCGCAGACAGAGGCGUUCUACUACGACGGGUUUCCCGACUCCAAGUUGUUGAAACAGCUCAUUCGCAAUGCGCUCUUUCCGUCGGUGGCCUUGGGCCAUGUGGACGGCAAAGAAGCUCUCCUCACAUGCGAAGCGUGCUCAAGAGAGUAA